AUGCCAAUCAAUUUACAGCCAAGUAAUGAAUUCAUGAUACCUUCUGAGGAUAUGGUAUUUGGGUUUGAAUUCAAAAAGCUCGGCUCAAAACGGCAUAGCAGUUCGAAGAUAGCUAAAGAAAGUUCUGCAUUGCCACAAUUAGAUCGAAGUCCGAACCCAAAGGGUGCAGAUAAGUUGAGGUCAAAGAGUGGUGUUGGUCCACAAUGCAGUGAUCUCAAACAGAAAGCAAAGCAGGAUGUGGAAGGAAACAUUCGGAACCGGGAAACUGCAAAGAGAAGUGGAAACGAACGCGAUGAGCUUGUAAAACACAUGUCUAAUUUGCCAGGUUAUCUCCUGCAUAAUGAUAGAUUGGAAAAUGUUCAAGAGAAAGCAUUCAAUGUUGGUGUUCUAGAUUGGUCUCGACUCGAGAAGUGGAAGCACAAACAUAUACCAGAAGAACUAACUAAUCAUUUCACAUCUGUCAAUAGAGGUGAAUCGUCAUCAAGAAUAGUCACUAAAUCGUCCCUCAGUGCUGGUGGAAGGGAAAAACUUGACGACACAAAAAGUUUGCGAGAUGUCAGACGGACCAACAAGGAAUCACUUCAUCAAAGUAGCAAACUUCCCUUAGAGGAUAUCGAACGAUUUGAAUUUUCUAAAAGUGGAACCAAGAGCAUAGGAAAUGAGCAGAGGAGGAAUGGCAGUAGUAAAAUAACUUUAGAUGCUGGAUACUCUGCGUCGAAAUCAAGGCACCACGGGGUCUCAUCUUCUAUUCCUUAUGAAAAUGUAAAUGGUAAGGAUAAGGAUAAUGGAAACUCUGCAUCGAAAUCAAGGCACCACAGGGUUUCCUCUUCUAUUCCUUAUGAAAAUGUAAAUGGUAAUGACAAGGAUGAUGAGUACUACCACAAGAAAAAAGAGAGAAAUCGCAAGUCCAGCUGUGAUAUGAUACAGCCAUCAGUAAAAUCAAAAGGCAAAGAGGCAUCAUUCAGUUCUAAAAAACUGAGUUCUAGCAACAAUGAAUCCAUUCUAAAGGGGAAUCAGUUGCUGGAGUCAGGUUCCGAUAAUAGUUUUAAAAAUGACCAUAGCAAGCCAAGUAAUAUUGUGCUGCUCUAUCCACAUGAAACUUCCGACUCAAGUUCUUCAGAUGAUUUCCGGCUUUCUGAAUUCAGAACAUCAUCAGAUGAAAAUUGUCCAGAAUCAAGCCGAAGUAGUUUAUCAUAUGUUUCCGUUCUUGAGGAGGAUUACAUUGGCAAUGUAGGUCCAGAAAUCCGACUUUCAAGUGGACGCCGUUCAGUGGUUGAGCAUACAUCUUUUUCUGGACCAAUGCAACACAGCGUUAGUACUACUUAUCUCGGGAUGAAUCAUUCUUCUGCAGUUUCAGAAAAGUCUGCUUCCAAAAUAAAUGAGAUGCCUGGUAUGCAAUCUGAAGCUGCUUGCUUUGAAAAGGAGGUGUUGGAAAAUAGGCUGAGCAUUCAAUCUGCUUUCAGUAAUCUGAUUGAAUCAUUAGACCAAGAAACUGCUGAGCUGACUUCUCAGAAGGGUAUGAAUACAUCAUCGCACAACCGUCGGUUUAGCUUCAGCUUAAGUCGAAUCGGCAGAAGUUUCAGUUUCAAGGAAGGCCCUGCGGUUUCACAAUUUGGUUCUAAGUAUGUUUGUUCAAAGUCUGGUCCAGUGACUCCUGAAUCUUCUAUUCGUUGGGAUAAUUCAAGCAAAGAAAAGGCAAAUAGUCAAAACAGAACAAGAUCAAGUCCUCUUAGGAGGUUAUUAGACCCUAUAUUGAAGCAUAAGACGGCGUCAGAUGCACAGCAUUCAGGUGAAAGCAGUCAGAAACAAAAGGGAAGAAUGAAUUCAGUCAGUUUCAGGAGUAUUGGUCUUAAAAAACCGCUUCAGGAUGAAAAGAGCAAGGUAUCAUCAAUCCAAGGUCUCUUGCAGCUUACAAUAACAAAUGGAGUGCCUUUGUUUAAGUUUGUGCUCAAUGACGAAAGAAAGAUUUAUGCUGCUACAAAGAAUAGUUUAGCAUCGCAGGAGAAGAAUGAUUUAGGCUGCUGUUUUACAUUCUACUUGGUGAAUGAAAUUAAGAAAAAGAGUGGUGGAUGGAUGAGUCAUGGAAAUAAAGAAAAAAGUUGUGGCUAUGCAUACAAUCUCGUUGCUCAGAUGAAAUCUUCUACCUCCAAAAUCACUGAAGCAAUCAAUCAGAACUCCAAGAGACAGUGCAUGGUUAAAGAAUAUGUCCUAUUGGGUGUUGAUGUCAAUCAGACGGAUCAAGGACCCCCAAAGUUCAUACCAAGCAUGGAGCUUGCUGCUGUUGUUAUUGAGACCUUGUGUGAAAAAUUGAGCAACAAACGAAUUCAUAGUGAUUAUAAUUUGCAUGAGAAGGGAUGCUUAAAGUGCUUGGCAGAUGGAAGAUGCUUGUGCAGGUCAGUCGAAACCGACAUCUCUGUUAGCUCUACAGUUAUACUUCCAGGUGGUGUACAUGGUUCACCAAACAAAGGGGAACCUUCAUCGCUGAUCCAUCGAUGGAAAACCGGGGGAUCGUGUGAUUGUGGAGGUUGGGACAUUGGUUGCAAACUCCUUGUGCUCCAUGAGCAGAAACCGAGUUCAAACAUCCAGAGAAGGUAUAAACCUUACCAGGAUCGUUUCCAGCUCUUUGCUCAGGAAGGAGCUGAGCAAGAAACGCCCAUUUUCACUUUGGUGCCAUUGAAGAAUGGAUUCUACUCAAUUGAAUUCAGUUCAACAAUCAGUUACUUACAGGCAUUCUUCAUUUCUGUUGUUUUAUUAGGCAGCCGGAAACAACCGGGAUCCUUGGAAAUCGGUAGCAUGAGAGAAGAGAUCCUGAAGGAAUCGAGUUCCAAUAAUAACAGUAGCAGACAUCAAGAGAAAACACCUAUGAAGUAUACUCCAAUUCCACCUCUUUCCCCUGUUGGCAGAGUUUAA